AUGGACGACACCGUAUCUGAAGCUCAGAUUGACGACCUGCGUCAUACUCUAUCUCUCCUGGCUACCCAGGCAGAUACCGACGAAAAGCGCGCAGAAAAGGCCGAGGAGCACAGCGGGAGCGAGAGCUCCUCUGUAUACGAACACGCUACUACGAAUCCCACCUCCGUCGCCCCGACCACGGACGACUCUCCCAAAUCUACCUCUGACUCAGAGGAACUCGCGCUCUCCGACCCCCUCGCAUUUCUUCAGGCGGCAUUCCCACAUGUCACGUCGGAGCGCCUCAGCGCUGCGCUCGCCGGCAUCGCGCCACAGGACGUGGAUAUGGUCUCGGUAAUUGAGAAUACAUUGAGCGAGGAGUACCUCGCGGAGUUGAAGGAUCGUGGACUCGAGGAGGAGGAACAGGCGCCGCCACAACCCUGGCGCAAGAUUGUGAAGCGCAAGAAAAAGGGCCGCACUGUCGCGCUGAACGACGUCCGGCAACAACACCACAGCCAGUCUCGCCCGUCCCCUAUUGGGACUUCGACUGCUGGAUCCGCCGGACUCGACGCUUGGACGACGGUCGCGUCUCUCUCGGCCAGAAUGGCCACGCUACUUUCACCCCAUCCUGACUCGGUCUUCGCAUCGCAUUUCCACUCUCCCAAACAUGCGACGCCCGCCGCAGCCGCUCGCGCUGCUCUCGCGUCAUUACCACCUCAGCCGGCCGAGUCAGCCAACAUGGUAGCGGAGCUUCUUCGGGACAUGAUUGUGUCUUCGCCCGAGCUGGCCAUGCUUGACGCAGAGGCGCGAUCACAGACGUUUGAUACGGACACUGCGCUCGCCGCACGCGUGCUGGACAUCGAGCGCCUCGACGACGCGCUCCAGCUCGUCUGGUUCCUACGCGAGCUCGACGAUGACGCUGGCUAUGGGCGAGGGAUGUACCACGCCGCCCCGCUGGUGUCACCCUCAUUACCCGCUUCGCCGCGUUCGUCUGCGGCACUUCCGGUUCAUCCGCCCGAUGUACCCCCGCCGCCCGGCUUACGCCGCUCAGACACGCUCCCCGCGAAAUCCGUGUCCAAGCCAUCGCCGUAUGCGUGGAACGUUGUCCCCCGCAAGGUCGCGCCCGGACCGAACCCGCACGCAGCGUUCAUUCCAUCGCAUAACCCCGCACCCAUAUCGGCCACUGCACGCAAACCCAUCGUAGCGCUCAAACGCGUAGAUGAGCUUCGUUCGCAGAGGGCCGAUUUGAUCCUCCAAGCUGGUCGUGCGUGGUCCACGGGCAAUACGCGCAACCAUGGUGGCGAAGUCGCGUUGUUUUAUGCUCAGCAGGCCAGGGAGCUGAACGAGCAGCUGCGCGCCGCCGCGCUGAACGACGCUCGAGCCCGCGUUCUCGCGACACGGUCCACAUCGCUCGAUGGAAAAGCUCACACCAUCGAUCUGCACUUCCUCACAGCUGCAGAGGCCGUGGCUGUGGCGAAGGAGACCGUGGCGGAGGUUGGUGUGCCAUUGACGAUUAUCACUGGGAAGGGUACACACUCGGACGGUGGGAGGAGCGUUCUGUUGCCCGCUGUUCGCGGGGCUUUGGUUCAGGAUGGAUGGAAUGUAUCGACUUUCGACGCUGGGGUUGUUGUACGUGGACGGCUUUGA